AUGCACCGCAUCGAACUCAUCCCCGGCUCAGCCCCAAGCUUUGUUCCACGGUACAGGCGACCCCCGCAGCUGGAAGAGGAAAUUGAGCGGCAGGCCGACGAACUUCUGAAAAAGGGCAAGGUUCAGCCGUCAACUAGCGCCUUCGGGCACAAUCCCGUGCUGGCGAAGAAAACAGACGGCAGGUGGCGCAUGUGCGUCGACUUCAAGCCCAUCAACAAGAUUACAGAGAAGCAGAAGUUUCCGAUGCCCAGAGUGGACGAAAUCCUUGACCGCUUACAGGGUUCAGCGGUAUACUCAGCAUUUGACUUCGCUGAGGCCUUCUUGCAGAUCCCUAUUCACCCAAAGGACAGGCACAAAACGGCGUUCCACACCCGCACUCGCAAGCUGGACUACACAUGUAUGCCCUUUGGCGUAGUGAAUGCACCUGCCAAACUGUACCGGCAAAUCAAUCACGACUUCCUGGAGCCAAUUGCCGAGGGGUGGAUGGUGAUAUACAUGGAUGAUGUGCUUGUGUUCAGCCGAAAUGUGCAGGAGCACCUGCAGCACCUCCGGCUGGUGUUUAGUGAAAGCGCGGAAGUGUUCGUUUUUCAUGCAAACAAUCAGUUUCUUAGGAAGAUCGAGGCGAUUCAGCGGUGGCCGCUACCGCUGUACACGCGGACGGACGUUCAGAAGUUCCUCGGCCUCGCCUCCUACUAUCGCAAUUUCAUUCCUGGGUUCGCUCGCAUUGCUGCCCCUCUAGCUGGUCUCCUCAAGAAGGAGAAGCAGUUUAUUUGGACGGAGAACGAGGAUGAAGCCGCCCGACGCCUCAUCGGGCACCUGACAUCAUCCCCGACCGAUCACCAAUCAUUGACACACCUGACGAAGAGUUUUCAAGACUAUGACAACGAAAGAGUUGUUCGGUGGCUUUCUCGGCUCACGCAGUAUGACUUCACCGUCAAGUAUAUCAAGGGUAUCACCAACGUGGUGGCCGACGCACUCUCCAGACGCCCUACAGGUCAUGGCGAGGUCAAUACAACGGUGGAGCGUGUCGCCAGGGAUCCGAAGUUCGUUAGCGCCUUCUGGCGCAGCCUCAUGCAACAGCUCGGCAUCAACCACAACAUGACCACCGCCAACCAUCCGGAGGCCGACGGCCAGACAGAACGGACUAACCGCACGCUGGUGCAGUAUUUGCGGCUUUACACCCAACAGAACACACCUAACUGGCUUGACUUUCUUGCUUGUGCAGAAUGGGUUUAUAACACUACUGUGCAUUCUUCCACUCGCAGCUCCCCGGCGUCCCUGGUCUACACCGAAACUCCACUCACCGAUCCGCCGCACGACCUAGCGGUUGGAAGCCAGACCCGACAGACUGUGGCUUUCGACUUCGGCACACAGCCUGCAGCAGCGAGGGAAUGCAUGCGCAAAGCACAGGAACGUCAGACCAGAAACUAUGAUAAACGACGUUCCGCACUCAGUUUCAACCCGGGCGACUUGGUUCUGGUGCAUUCGCACUCCCUCCGUAGCGCGCAGGAGGGCGAGCAACCCAAAACGUUCUCCACACGAUGGGUUGGAGCGUUUGCGGUCCGCUCUCGGGUCAACGCCUUGGCGUAUAUUAUCGAUUUACCCCCAACGUGGAGAUGUCACCACACUAUUCAUGUGGGCUUCUUGAAACAGUUUCGGGAGUCUCCCCGGUUUCCUCGCACUCUAGCGAGGAAACAGCAACAACGACCUAGCGAGCUUCGUUACGUCAAAUGGCCGGGCACACGCGAUCCCGAGUGGGUUUCGGAGGAUCGCUUACGGGAGGCGAUCCCGCCUGUACAGCUCAGUGCUCUCCUGGACCUCGCAUCGACUACACCUAGUGUGUGCAUGCAGGCAGGAUGCGGGAGUGGGUAA